AUGGAGGUCCGUCUCUUCGUCUACAAGAACGAGGCCGGGUCCGAGGGCAAGGUCGUGCCCCUCAAGGCCGGCGACAACCUUGCCAAGCUCAAGGCGCUCGCAAGCAAGAAGCUUAGCGUCAAGGCGAAGCGGCUCUUCCUCGCGUCGGGCGCCGAGAUUCACUCGAUCGACGAGCUCCAGAACAACGACACGCUCUACGUGAGCGGUGGCGAGGGCUUCUACAAGUCGCUGCCGGCCGCGUCUGGCCACGAGACCUUUCACGUCUCGGUGCUGGGCAGCGGCGGUGUCGGCAAGUCGGCGCUCACGCUGCGCUUCGUCAAGGAUUACUUUGUGCGAGACUGGGACCCGACGAUCGAAGACGCGUACCGCAAGACGAUCGAGGUGCAGGACCAGCUGUGCAUGCUCGAGAUCCUCGACACGGCGGGCCAAGACGACUUCGAGUCGCUCCGCGCGCAGUGGAUGAUGGACAAGGACGGCUACAUCUUUGUGUAUGCAAUGGAUUCGCGCACGAGUCUCCACGAACUGCAGCCGUUCUUUGAGCUCCACCUGCAGAUCAACGAGACGAAGCGGCUGCUGCCGCCGAUCAUUUUGGUCGCCAACAAGAAGGACCUCGUCGAGCAAGAUCCGUCAAAGCGGCAGGUCACGAGCGACGAGGGCCGGCGCGUCGCGGCGUCGUACAACGCGACGUAUAUGGAGACGAGUGCGCUCACUGGCACCAACGUCAACACGAUCUUUGAACAGUUUGUCGUCGAGGCGCGCAAGAAGCGCCUGCCACCGCAGAAGAAGCGCGCACCCGAGUUUCACCUCGGGCCAUACGCCAACCAAAGCAACGUUCCCGUCGUGAUGCUCGGCCGCGCUGUCCUCGCUUGCCGCUGUCCCGCGCUCAGGCCUUCCAUUGCGGCCUACUCGACGUCGCCUGGCUUUCUGAAGCGGAAGCCCAAGCACUGGAACAAGCCCAACUUGAACGAUCGGAUCGUGUCGACGCAGUCGGUGUCGCACCUCCUCGACGUGUACGCCAAGGACAACCUUCAGUUCACGCGCCUCCACUUGGCCAUGACUGCGAGCCGCCUCGGGAAGCUCCGCACGCCAUACCACAAGUUUGCCGACGUCGACAAGCAGAUCUUCCACGACCUCGCAUCCGAGCUCACGCGCCGCCUGCCCGAGCUCACGGCGCGCGACUUUAGCAACGCGCUGCAUGGGCUCACGCGAGCCCGGGCGCCCGACAGUGUCAUCUCCGCCUUGAUUCACUACUUUGUCAACGAAAUGGACCUGGACGCGUUUCAGCUCACGGAGCUCAGCAUGGUCGUGCAUGGCCUCGCGUCAAACCGGUUUAGCGCCCAGUCGUGCGCUGCGUUCAACCACGCCGAAGACCGCCUUGUGGAGCUCAUUGCGAACGACAGCGGCGUCGGACCGCAGCACGUGGCGAAUAUUGUCUGGAGCUACGCGACCGCUGGCGCCUACGGUGCGUCGGUGUACGGAGCCGCGGAAGCCUACGUGGCCACGCACGGCCUGGACGCCUUCAAGCCUCAAGAGCUCGGCAACUUGAUCUGGGGCUUCAUGCGGUCGCAUCCGAAUCACGGGUCGUUCGUGUUUGAGGCCGUCGCCGACCACCUCGAGGCGCGGCCGCUGCACGAUUUUACGACGCAGAACAUUGGCAAUAUCGUUGCGGGCUUUGCCAAGGCCGACCACGUGCUCUCGACGGCGGUGCUCGAGUCUGUCGUGCAGCACUUGACGCAGCGCCUGCCCGACUGGCUCGAGAAGCCGCAGAACCUCUGCAACACGCUCUGGGCACUCGCCCUCUUUGAAGCGACGGACCUCGUGCCGCUCAAAAGCGUCCUCGACGGCUUGUCUCGUGCCCAACUGGGCCUGCUCGAGAAGCGUCAGCUGUACCAGUUUCUGCUGGAAGCGUCGCUGGCGACGGACGCGCCGCUCACGACCAUGUAUCCUUCGCUCUACGCGGCGACGCAUGCUGCCAUGAUGGCGGACGACAGCAGCCGCGAAGCUGGCCGCAGCGCGUUCGUGCCCGUGGGCCUCGAAGCCGUGACGCGGGCGCUGGAAGACCGGCGUCUGCACUUUGAGACCAACGUCAUGACGGACGUUGGCUACACGGCGGACGUCGAGGUGCACUGGCCGGGAGCCUCGCACCGCGACCACGGCGUCCUCAUCAUGAUUGACGGCCCGUCCCGCUACUGGAAGCGCAAGAUGCGGCUCCGAUCGCGCAUGAAGAAGCGCCACCUCACGGGCAGCGGGUACCACGUUCUGAGCUUGCCGUACUUUGCAUUGAGCGAAGAGACCAUUGACGCUGCGCUCGACGACCUCGAGCGACAAUUGACGCUGGACCGUAAGGCAUAGUCGUUGUGGUUG